AAACUUGUCCCGCGCGCCACGCCGUCCGUCUCCAGGGCAACCCGGCUCCUCCUAGCAACCGCGCAGCCCUGCUAUGGCGGCCGCGGGUCCCAGCGUCUUCCUGCUCAUGGUCAACGGGCAGGUGGAGAGCGCCCAGUUUCCUGAGUAUGACGAUCUCUACUGCAAGUACUGUUUCGUGUAUGGCCAGGACUGGGCCCCCACGGCGGGGCUGGAGGAGGGCAUCUCACAGAUCACAUCCAAGAGCCAGGAUGCGCGGCGCGCGCUGGUGUGGAACUUCCCCAUCGACGUCACCUUUAAGAGCACCAACCCCUACGGCUGGCCGCAGAUCGUGCUUAGCGUGUAUGGGCCGGACAUGUUCGGGAACGACGUGGUCCGAGGCUACGGGGCGGUGCACGUGCCCUUCUCACCCGGACGCCCUCAGCAUCCUCUCGACCCUUCAAAAGAAACAAGGCUCUCAGAGGACGCAGCCCUGGGGCGGGGCUCCGGCUCCGACUUGGCCACCCCUCGCUGGAGGCUCAGAAGGCUCCGCCACCUUUCCGUGGCUCGGCACAGCUGUCUGUGAAAACGUUUGUUUCAGGCACAAAAGGACCAUCCCCAUGUUUGUCCCAGAAUCUGUGUCUAAACUGCAGAAGUUUACCAGCUGGUUCAUGGGACGGCGGCCCGAGUACACAGACCCCAAGGUGGUGGCUCAAGGGGAAGGCCGGGAAGUGACCCGCGUCCGCUCCCAGGGCUUCGUCACUCUCCUCUUCAACGUGGUGACCAAGGACAUGAGGAAGCUGGGCUAUGACACCGGGCCUCCGGACACACAGGGGGUCUCAGGGCCCAGCACACCCCAGGGCCUCUCCCGGUGAAGGCAUCGGCCCCCUGGGACGGCCCAGCGACCCACCUGCCUGACGUGCGUCGGGGGUGGCCGGUGUUUGUGUAAUAAAGUGUUACCUUUUCACAGAGCCCAGGCUGGGGCAGCUCCUCUCCCCGCAGCAACUGCCCUGCGAGCAGGGCCCCGGGGCUGGCGCGGGCCUUGGGGGGCACAGCCCGGGGUGGAAGCUGCGCCAGGACGAAGCCAGCAGCCGAGCCUGGGCUCAGCCUGAUCCCGGGCCCACGGCUGGGCGGCCCCCACACUUCGACACGCUCGUCCCUAAAACCAGCGUGUUGUCCACCAGACAGGCGAGCCGGGCAGCACCUCCCUUGGAUGGAGAGGCCCGUGGCAGCCCAGAGGACGGGCUGCAAGCUUCCCCAGGGUGGGCAGCGCCACGGCGGGGGAGCCCCGCCUGCCCUCGGCCCCCCCCGGGCCACCUGACCCCCCCACGGGCCGCUUCCGGGGAGCCCUCUGGCCAGAACACCGGGCUUGCUCAGGGUUCUCCCCUCAGCAGGAUUUGAGGGGAGCCCCGCAGCCUGAAGAGCCCACCUUAGCCACCACCCACUGCCCAGCUGUCACGGGGACCUGCCUUUGUCCCAGUUCCCCCAUAAACUCAGGGCGCCCAGCUCACUGCGCGCUCUGGAACCGUCCGCCAAUCCCCAGCAUCCUGACCCUCUUUACGUGGAACCUUCCCUCCCCGCUCUGGCCCCGCUGCUCCGCAGAAGCAUCUCCUGCGUCCCCGUCCCAGCUCCCUCGACGCCCCAGCCGUCAGACCACACCACGUCCACCACAGACUCCACCACCUGUCUGCUCGUCCAGUGACCCCGGCACGUCACCAACCACACGGACAGCCCUUCCCGAGACGUGGCCUCUUCCUCAGCCCCCUCCCUCUCCCUUGUAAUGAUCUUGGCCUGUGCCCCCGGCAGCCCCCAGCCCCCUCCUUCCCCUACGCUCAGGCUCACACAGGCACCGAGACCGGGUCGGUGGCCUUGUGAACCGCAGGCCAAGCUGGACUCCAGGCAGGAACCAGCUCCCAAGCGCGCCUCUCCCGAUGCCUCCAGAUUGAUAAGGGUGGGGGCGGGGGAAGGACACAGCCAGAAACCGCGUGGUGAUACAAAUGAUAAAUUAUAUUUAUACAGUAAAUAAGUAUCAACAGUCAACACAAGUUCCAAACCGGCCACCCGCCCCUGGGACUGAGAAAACGGCUGGGCAACACCCCUACCACGGUGCCCGGCAGGAGGGAGCUUGAUGGCAUGUGUCCCACACGCGUGGCAGCACCAGUGGCUUCAUGAUCAGUGCAACGGGCAACACGGACGAGGCGCCUGGGGGUGGGCCUGAGCCGGGAGCUGGGCGGGAGUCUGCCUGGGCCUGGGUGGGCCACUGGCUGUGACAUCGGGGCCUUAAAGUCCCAUCGGGAAGGGCCCCUCACUCUCACGAGGAAUCAUGACCCCAGUAGCGUGGUCCUGUGCCCCGUGAGGGGGUCGGCCCCUACCUCCCGGGGGAGCACCUUGCCCCGAGCCCCGCCCUGCCCCACCCUCCCCCAGGCUGCUGGGAGAGGCCGGAAGGGCCUUCGUGGAUGACUCUGGAGCCCAUGGUCCAGCCCCAGGUCUCGGGCUGGGCAGGAGCUCUGGGCCGGGGGUAGCCCCAGGGAGGAGCACAGGUGAGCUCUUCUACAUGGCAACAGGAGUGGCCUGAGCAGGCAGUUCUGAGUCAGCCUCCCGUGCCCAGCGCCAAGGGUCAGAGCUCCUGGAACCAGAGAGGGGGGAGGGGCCCCAUCCCCCCAGGAGAGAGACCCUCAGCUGUCAGCUGCCCUUGGUGCUAGAGGUGAGACGUCCGCCACGUAGAGUGAGACUGAGGUGCCCGCCAGGCCGGCUGACCAAACAGACAGGACUCGGGGGGAAUGGCCCUGCUCUGGGGAGAAGCCAGUCUCUUCUGGUCUUUCAUCUGUGACUUCCCUAAUACUUUUUUAUAGUGGUGGGCGGGGUGAGGAGAGCAGGGGAGAGGGAGGUAAGAUUAGUGCACGUUCGCUAAAAAUCUCUUCUGGGUGAGAAUGAUUUUUUUUCCUCUGCCAAGUAAGAGAUGAUUACUUCUACGUUGCAACGGGUGUCUGGAGGGCGGGUGCGUAGGUCGGGGCCAGCCCUGGGCCCUCCCCCUGUCAGCCUGGGCUGCCCCCGACAUGCCGCCCCCGCCGCUGUCCCCACCUCUACCCUGAGUGUGGAGUAAGACAGAGGGGGUCACAGACACAGGGUUCCAGAAGCCUCUCCUUCCCACGUUCCCACUGUAAACGAAGUCUUGUUAACUGCAUGCCUUCAGUCACAGAAAGGAGUUAGCUGAUAAAACCUGGUGAGUCACAUUCAUAUGUUAGAUUUUUUUUGUCUUUAACUUUCUUCACGUUGCUUCAUCAGUAAGAAAAAUAGCCUCUCUCUUAGGAUCUAGCCAAAAAGGCUGAAAGUCAACGGUUUGGUAAUCCACCAGGAAAAGGAGUUAAAGGGAAAGGCAACUGGAGGCUACGAUUUUGUUACUGUUGUAGUUUUCUUUUCCUUUUAAAUAAACAUCUUUUAUGCAUAAUCAAAUUCCCAUAUGUUUUCCUAUAAAGAAUUUGCUUUAGUUUUUCCAUAAGGCAUUUUUUGUCUCUUCCUAUUUAAACUUUCUUACAGAGUUAAAACCAUAAAUAAGAGGAGUUACACCACUAACGUGACGCGGCCAAUAUCUUAACCCAGCCAGACCUGGCAAAUUCUAUCAAAACUAGACAGUUAAAUAAGAACGACGUUAUAAAAAUAUUAGCCAAAAAGACUAUUCGAUAAUUCUGCAAACAAAUACGAAACUGUACUAAACAAAGUCUGUGUGAACGCGUACAAGCAUGGGGCACGUGGCGGGGUUACGCUCAGGCUAGUUUAAAGCUUGCUCUAGUGGGUUUAAGUCAAGAGUUGUUCCACGGUGGCGCCAUUUACUUUGAACUCACACACGAGUCAAAGAAAAGUAAAAUACGCACAACCGCGUCCCCCAAAGGUCAGUGUCUGAGGGAGCCCGCACUCCACCCCGUCCACGC